CUCAUCUUGUCCUCGAAUCCAUUCAUCCAUCCAUCCAUUCGAUAUCCCUCGCAGCAUGCCUCGAUCAGACUCACCUCCGCGAAGGAGGUACGAGGAUGACAGGCCAUCCACUUCAGCGCAUCGUGGAUACAGGGAAGAGGAAAGGCGCAGACCAAGAGAUGACGAGGAGAGGCGUAGGCCUGCAUAUAGGGACGAUGGGUACGACCACCGAAGGCGAGAGGAUCGCAGCCGAGAUCAACACCCGCGGCGUGACGAUGGCUAUCGGCAACGCCCUCGCUCUCCACCAGCAUCUUUUUCACGUCGUCGUUCACGCUCUCCAGACUUCUCAGUCGAUCGUCGCAGAGAGCGAGAGCGCUACGAUCGCUCCACGGGGGGCGGCGCUUCGCCUGAAGAGGAGGAAGAGGACGAAGAACCCUUCAUCGAUGAACCGGACUUCACACCAUCAGGACUCCUAGCAGCCGAAUCCAACCAGAUCAAUGGAACAGCGCUCAAGUAUCAUGAACCGCCAGAGGCCAAGAAGCCCAAGAGGAAGUGGAGACUCUAUGUGUUCAAGGAUGGGCAAGAGCUGGAUCUCCUACACGUCUCUCGCCAAUCGUGCUACCUCUUUGGCCGUGAUAGGGCAGUAGUGGACGUCCCGCUCGACCACACGAGCUGCUCGAAACAGCACGCCGUCCUCCAAUAUCGUCUAGUGGUGGAACGCAACGAGUUUGGAGACGAGAAGCGAAAUAUCAAACCUUUCAUCCUCGACCUGGAAUCAGCAAACGGCACGACGGUCAACAAGAAGGCGGUGCCCGCUUCGAGGUACUAUGAGCUCAAGAAUGGGGAUACGCUGCGUUUUGCGGCGAGUGAGAGGGAGUGGGUAUUGCUUUGCGAGGAUGUUUGAGUGAAGGAUGGAAGGCAUCGAUACCGUGAUUUGAUUGAGUGUGAGAGCAAUGAGGCUGGCCCAAGCGUUGCGUUGCGUCGCUCCGUCGUCCAACACCAAGCCAAAGCCGCGGCCCGCUCGCUGUCCGUGCGUGCGUCCUUCUUGACUUCCUUCACGUCACUUUAUUCUAUCAUCCUUUUCCCCCCUUGCAUAGCCAUGAGCAACAGUCGCAAUGCUUCAUCACUACUGCACG